UCAGGCUGGUUGUGCUAGCUGCGCUAUGGGUAAUAAAUUGAGCUGUUCCUGUGCGCCGCUCAUGCGCAAAGCUUACCGAUACGAGGAUUCGCCAUGGCAAACUUCUCGUCGACGAGACGGCCAUCUCCUGAGUUCGUUCAGGUUGUGGGCUGAGGUGUUUCACGUGUCAGCGAGCGGCGCCGGUACUGUAAAGUGGCAACAAGUGUCCGAAGAUUUGGUUCCUGUCAACAUUACCUGCAUCCAAGACUCACCUGAGUGCGUAUUCCACAUAACCGCCUACAACAGUCAGGUCGACAAAAUUCUCGAUGUGCGACUCGUGCAGCCAGGUACACGAAUCGGACAAGCGUCAGAAUGCUUCGUCUAUUGGAAGGACCCGAUGACGAAUGAUACGUGGGGCUUGAAUUUCACAUCCCCCAUCGAUGCCAAACAGUUUCGAGAAUGUUGUUGCGACGUUUUACAGUCGCCUUCUUUCAAAUUUUCACGAAAGGCCUCAUCAAGUUAUUCCCUGAAAUUGGAUCCGCCGGGCAAGGGUGGAAAAAUUAAGGGCAAACGGAAACCUCUUAGUACGCCCGCUAGUCCGUCGCGUGCUCGUGAACCGCAAUGCACAUGCAUGUCAGCAGAACAGUAUGCACGAUUGAAAGCACAGGAUCCACGAUAUAGAGGCUCAUCAACUCUACCAAGAACCGCAUCAAGAGCCACAGAUACUGAGGGCGCUAAAGUCACAAAUGCCACAUCGAGCACUUCAAUUUACGAUAAUGUUGCUACAGGAAACCAGAGCAUGCAAGGAGUGGGGCAAGGUGAUACGCUAUCUCGUCAAACCAAAUCACAAGAGACGAGCACCAUGACAAAUGCCUCCACAGCGACGCUAACACAAAAUCAUGUUGGAUCACAGAUUGGUCAAGAUGAGAUGUCUGGUCAGCGCAAUGAGGAAACCUCCAAGUCGGAGGGAACUCAAGCAGGCGGAACACUUCAAUCGAAUGCUACAGCUACAACGAAAUCAACUGGAACAGGAACACGCACAAAAGACUACAACGAUGAGAUGACUCGUGACUCGCACGACAUGCAUCACAAUAUAAUUAACAACAAUACUCGGCGAAAAACGAAAAGCACUGAAGACAUGAAUGCCGAUGGAAGCACUUUGAAGAGAAUGCACAAACCAAUGCCUAGUACCGAGAGCCCUGUAACUUCGCCGGAGAUGGGACGGCGUCGCUAUAACUACUACAACGCCAAUGCAGCAGCGAGUAUGCAAGGAACACCCCACAUGCACCCCCAUGCAAUGCAUCACAUUGUUAAUAACAACAACACACUCGGCCGACCGCCCAGUCAGUCAUCGAGGUUCUCGGGAUCUAGGUCAUCACAUGAGAUUGGACGAGGAUACCCAUCCCGAAAUCUGUACUUGGAGCUGGAACGCGAACGUGGCUGCAUCGAGGGAUCACCACCCUCCGACAACGUAAUGUUUGAUAAUCAGUGUUAUGCUACCACACCAAGCUCUAGCAAUGGCAAUUCUGAUCAGGAUCAAUCGUAUGGUGGACAACAACGGCCUGGAACUGGUGGUGGGGGAGGCUCUACCUUACAUGCCCAUCAUCACGGCCCCCAGCCAAAUGCAACCCCAACACCUGGUAGCCCAACAUCACGCCUCCUACUCGAAUAUGAAAUGCAUUUGCGCAACACACUUGCCAAGGGGAUGGAUGCGGAAUCAUACAGUUUACAUACGUUCGAGGCGCUACUUACUCAGAGCAUGGAAAAUCUAGAAUUUGCUGAGAGUUUGCCAGGAUCAACCCAACGUAGUCCCUAUACAGUCAGACGACGAUCUUCAGCGGGUGCCAAAUCAUCCACUCUUCCAUUACCGCCGCAUCGUCCCUUGACUGCGCGCGAACGUGAUAGGGAGCGUGAUGGAUACUAUAGUGAUCGCAAUGAGUUAGUUCGAGAACGGGAACGCGAACGUGAUCGAGGUUAUCUGAGUGACCAUAAUUCGAGUUUUUCCAAUUCACGCUGCGCAUCCUGCAUUGGGGAAUCAGCUCGUGCUCAAUGGUUUCGUCACUCAGAUGGUUGGCGUUCAGGAAGUUCCACUAUUGGAUCAGGAUCAGGUCAAGGGUUGAUGCCAUCGCAGACUGCAGGCUCUGGACAUAAGAGAUCACCAUGGGACUCAUUGCCGUCACUCAGGCAAGACAGCAGCUUGAACGACUCCGGCUAUAAAAGUACCCGUGCUGAUUCCUUGGAACAAAGUGUUUGUAGGGGUGUGUUUGAUCGACAAGACAGCCUUCGUUCUGAUUAUUUGAGUGACCGUGAAACACGCUAUGGUAUCGUUCAGCAAGCAUCUAUUGACAGCACUGACUCCAGACUCUGCUACUUGACAUCUUCUGAGAUAUCUGAUGAUGAUCGAAUGAGCUUAACUACGGCCGUAUCUGAUGAAGAUGAUGGCGAAAGUGUCAUGGCUUCACCAUAUAAAGCAAAAGCGACCGGAACUGCGGCCUCAUCGUUCAACUGUACGGGAGCUGUUCGAAAAGCUGGAUUCCUAUCAGUCAAAAAAUGGCUACUCCGAAAGAAACAUCAAAUUGAGUUGGCUAGAAAACGUGGCUGGAAAGGCUACUGGGUGUGCUUAAAAGGUACCACUUUACUCUUUUAUCCUUGCGAUUCACGAGAAGGACGGUCAGUCGAGGCUGCUCCUAAGCAUCUAAUUAUCGUCGAUGGUGCCAUUAUGCAACCCAUUCCGGAGCAUCCAAAACGCGAUUAUAUAUUCUGUUUAAGUACAGCAUUCGGGGACGCCUAUUUGUUCCAGGCACCGUGUCAGGUGGAAUUGGAAAAUUGGGUGAACAGCAUUCACAGUGCUUGUGCUGCUGCAUUUGCUCGUCAUCGCGGAAAAACUGGGACAUUGCAUCUACUGCAGGAGGAAAUUUUCCGGCUUGAGAAGGCUAUCGAAUCGGAUCACCGGCUCAAGCACAUGGCGGAAUUACAACAGAGCGUAGUCACUGACCAGGGAACUCAACAUCAGAUCCAAACGCAGAUUCUUCAAUGGGAAGAGAAUUUAGAACGUUUGCAUUGCGAACAAUUUCGUCUCAGGUGCUAUAUGGCCUCUUUACAAAGUGGUGAACUUCCUAAUCCAAAGUCUCUCCUAACGCACGUAUCGCGUCCCACUAAGAACACAUUGAAUAAGCUGGGCAUUUUUACGGUUUCAUCGUUCCAUGCAUUUAUAUGUGCACGGUCACCAUCUUUACUUAACAAUCUACUUGCUGGUCGUGGUGCUACAAAAAGACGACCUCCGCUACUCUCCAGAUCAAACAGUGGCUCAAGUCGGCGUUCUAUGCAGAUGAACUCACGUGACGAUCCUGAGAAAACGUUCAAAGUGGCCAUGCCAGAUAAUAGCUACGCGACAGUUUAUCUACGUGAUGCAAUGUCCGUGGAAGAAUUCCUGGCGAGCGCUUGUGUUCGCAAAAACCUUAAUCCAAUGGAACAUUUCGUACGAGUUAAGAAACGACGUGACAUGGAAGACCACAACUAUUUCGUGCCACAUCGAAACGAUUUGAUUGAAAGUUACCUACAUAAUCAUGAAUUCGUUGAGGUCUGUAUGAAGAUUCUGUACCAAGUGGAGCUGCAGCGUAAGACCUUGGAGCAGAUGUGGGGCUUCUCCGUGGAAGCUGAGCUAAUUGAAAAUGCCGAUCGACAGGACGAGCUGUGCUGCUAUGUGAGUCGUGUCGAGGAUAAGAGCGUUGCUAUGCAAAAUGGUAUCAUUAAGGGAGAUGAAAUAAUGGUUAUCAAUGGAGCUAUUGUCUCUGACCUGGAUAUGAUGUAUCUGGAAAGUGUCCUACAGGAGGAACAAUCGCUUUGCAUGAUGAUGAGGUCAUCCCGUACCGAACCACCAGAGAUAGGUUGUAUCAUGCGUGUGACAGACGACAUGAUUGAUUCGCUGGUUUGUCCGCCGCCUCCUUCAGAUCCUCCAGUGAUGAGUGAAGAAAUGAUAUCAGGACUUAUUGUCCCAGCACCAGGUUGGAGCAAAGAUUUAUAUUCACCAGAUGCCGAAAGCUCUCCAGCACCUUCGUCGACUGAGCCUCAAAUGACGUCACAAGGUGGCAAACAGACCUCGCGUACAAGUAGCUUUGAAAUUGAAAAUCUUCUGAAAACGGCGGAGCAGGUGACUGGUUUUUGUCGUUCACCACAGGAAACUCGGAAAUCUAGCCCAACUGGAUCGGUAGCUUCAUCGGUUUCAAACGCCAUGCUGACCCCAUCUAGGCAACUGACAGAUGCUGAAAAAUUACGAAAAGUUAUAUUGGAAUUGGUUGAUACAGAAAGAACUUAUGUUAAGAAUCUUAAUAAUCUCCUGGAAUACUAUCUGGAACCAUUGAAACGUGAAACAUUCCUAUCAAAUGCUGAAAUUACAGCCCUAUUCGGUAAUAUACAGGAAAUUGUCACAUUCCAACGACAAUUCAUGCAGAAUUUGGAGGAGGCUCUCGAAUUAGAGCCUGACUUCCAUAAAUUCGAACAACCCAGUCAGUUCAAGAACGUUUUAUUUUCAAUCGGAUCUGCAUUUUUAUACUACGUAAAUCACUUUAAGCUUUACUCGUCGUUCUGUGCAAGUCAUAGUAAGGCACAGAAAGUUUUGCAUCCAAAUGAAGGCAAUCAAGCGUUACAGGAAUUCCUUGCGGCAAGGAAUCCAAAGCAACAACAUAGCUGUACACUCGAAUCUUAUCUUAUUAAACCAAUACAAAGGAUACUUAAGUAUCCGUUACUUUUGCAGCAAUUGAGGAAUUUGACUGAUCCUCAUGCUGAAGAACAUUUGCAUUUAGUUGAGGCACUUAAGGGCAUGGAGAAAGUGGCCGAGCACAUCAACGAAAUGCAACGAAUUCACGAAGAAUAUGGUGCUAUAUUUGAUCAUUUGUUCCGACAACAUCAGAAAUCGUGUAAACAGCCAAUCGACCUCAGCCCAGGCGACCUUUUGUAUUAUGGCGGGGUCGAAUGGCUUAACAUCUCCGAUUUCUUGGGUAAAAUCAAAAAAGGACUCGAACUACAUGCAAUGUGCUUCGUUUUCAAAUCGGCUGUUGUGUUUCUAUGCAAGGAGCGAUUGCGACAAAAGAAGAAGCUAAUGGGUGUCUCGAGUAAGAAUACCCCGAACGAAGUUGAAAUCAUCCGCUAUCAGGUUCUAAUCCCAGUCACUGAAGUACAAGUUCGUGCAUCGUCUGCUAAGGACAUGGAUUCUCACUUUUUAUGGGAACUAAUUCAUCUCAGGUCACAACUACAAAGACGCUCGGAAAAGGUCUAUGUACUAUCGAAUAGCACAGCCGAUUUUCGUAAUGCUUUUUUGAAAACAAUUCGACAAAUUAUCCGUGAGAGUGUGCGAAACAUGUCAAUUCCAAUGAAAGGUUUGGGCGGAAGCAUGAGCUCAGUAUCGGGUAUAUCACAGCAUUCGGCUUCGGGUAGCUCACAGACCCUGGAACGGCCUAAACAACAGAUAACAAUAAUCCAAGGAUCACAAACUCUGGGUAAAACCAAGAAAAAAGCCUCAGCACAACGUCACUCGGCUGGAAACAUUGAUUACGAUAACCUUUCCGGAAGUCAAGAGGCUGAUGACAUUCCAAUGUGUCAGCCUCAACCGCAAGGUUUCCGAAGUCGUAGUAAGACGGUCGGUGAUGCUGCAGAUCCACCACUUCCACCAAAACGGUAUACUACCACAACAACCACAACAAUCUCUGAUCAUGAACGUAUGGAUCCUGGUACUAAAUCGGAAGGCGAAGAAGAUUCUCAGCAAGGGACAAUUAAGUGUAAGGCUACGUUGGGUAAAACACCAAAUCAUCUAACAUUAAGCACAACGUCAACUUUAUCGGUGGGAAGUACUGGUAGUCAAGCUCGUUUGAUACAAUCAUCACAUGCACCGUCAAACUACCAGCCCGUUCUAAUGAAGGAUCUAGGGUCCCCAGUGUGGAAACCACGAGACAUGAUUAGUUUAGGCGAUGCACAGUCGACAACACGCAAAGAUGAAUCUAAGUAAAACCAUGAAAAAGAAAUAAACCCAAAUAUUCAAAAUAGAUAUACCUAAAAUGAAAUAGAGAAUUUAUUAAGCAGAAAUGCAGAAAGUGAAAAUGUGCGGAAUAAGUCAGUAUUGAAUGAAAAAUAAAGAAAAAAAAAUGAUAACAGAACAAGAAAAGAAAUUAUUAGAAGAAGUUAAUAGUACUUUCUUUUAUUUACUUAGAAGAAAAAGCACUAAAUACAAAAGAAUAAUAAUAUAACAUCAUCUGGUUUAGAUACUAUCAUAAAAUUUUGAAAAAUUCAGAGAUAAAUCAUUCUGAGAGGGCUUUUGAAAAUUGUUAUUUAUAAUAUUGUUUGCUUAAAUUAUCAAAAAUCAUCAUGAUCGUAUUAAUUUCAUAUUGAAAUGAACACUAAUUUUUAUCUCACUAAGAUAUAAGCAAACAAUUGUUAUUUAUUGCAAAUUUCAAUGGCUCUUCUUUAAGAAUUUUCAAUAUAGUAAUACCAACUGACAACAAAUUCAAUCCAAGAUGCCAAUCAAUAAAUAUUGAUUUAUAUUGACCUUUAUUACCUUUUUAUAUUCUCUACGAAUUAUCUAUAAACAGCCCAAAAUUAUUUUGCAAUUAUUAUGAUAUAUAUUCAAAGAACAAAGAAAAUUUACUCAUUUUUUGUAUUUUUGAACUAUUUUAUUAUUGACGAAGACAAAAGGUACUCAAUAGUUUCAUAAAUUCAAAAGUAUAUAUGGAUUGACUGAUCGCGCGUAAAAAUAGUUUCAAUUAAGAGAAAUAAUUGUUAAAUCAACUACCAUAUGUAUAAAUUUGAAUGAAAAAAUAAACAGAAAUGUAGUAAUUUACAUAUGCAAUGGAACGCGCACUGUGGAAACAUAUUUACUAACCACCCCUAGAUCAUAUUGCUGACAGUUUUAAAACCACAACCAUUAUUUCUAUUAUUAAAUUUCAAUUUAUGUAAGUUACUACAAUAUCGUUUGAAUUAUUCAGUAAAUCAAACUUUGUAUUUUAUGUAAAAACCAAAGAAAAGUUUAAAAAAAAAGCAUAUUUUCUCGUUAAAAUUCCUCUAUAAAUUUUUCAAAUGACUAUUUCUAAAGCAGUUGAAUGAUUUUAAUUAAAAUGUUUUAUCGUUUUUCAAAUUGAGAAACGAAAAAAAUAUUUAAAUUACUAUAAAAUGCAAAGAGAAACUACCUACGUGUGUGUAUAUGAAAUGAACUUGAAAAUUAUAAAUAUAUAAAGGAAAAGCAGAAUGAGAAGUAAAUUGGAAGAUAAAUACCUAAAAAGAACAUGUUGGAAUUGAAUGGAAUAAUUUUCGAUUUUUGUUGAAAAAUGGAAAAUGUGAAGAAUAUAUUAUAUAUAUAACUAGAGAAUAAAUUUUAUUGCAUACAUUAUAUAGAAAACGAAAAAUAAUAUCGGGAAAUAUUGCACAGAUUAAUGUUAAUAUAUAUGUUAGCGAUGUUUUCCGCCAUAUUUAUAUUGUCUUAUUUUAUUUAUUGUUAUUGUUUGAAAGAACUACAAUUCGAAAAUAUUGUUUGAAUAUUGUUGGUUGACAGUGACAUAUAGUAAGGCUUUUAUUUGGUAAAACGUAUUAUCUAAGGAUUUAAUUUAUAAUAAUAAUAUAUAUUUAUGUUUUCCCUCCAAAUAAUUUUUAAAAAAUAUAAAUGCUAUAUAAUGUUGCUGUUAGUACGAAAUGAAAUCAUCAACUUCAGCAUAUUUCUAAUAACUUUCCAGUUAAAGCCUGAUAUUGAGAAGUCAGUUUGUUAAUUAAAUUCUAUUUAAUUUCUAAAAUGCACGGUCCACUUGUAACAUAUCUUUUAAAAUUAAAACUUUUUAUUAUUUAAAAAAAAUUGGGCAAAUUAAAAAUUAAUAUAAAGUACAAAAAUCCUAUUGAUCUCUAAAGCAAUGCCUUCUACUUUUUCCACAACAUUUUUAUAAUAGACGUUACUCAACUCAAAAGCCUUAAGAAAUAUGUCAUUGCGCUUUAUUUAGAAUUGUCCUACAUUUUUCGUUUUCUCCAAUUUUGUUCAUCGUACCCCAUUAUUUGUCAUUCAAGUACUAUUCCAAAUAUUUCGUUGAUAUUUAUUAAAAGAAACACCAAAAAUGCCAAAUAUCCUCUUGCUAUGCUUUGCUGUUUCGAAAAAGCAUAGGAGGAUAUAUACAUAAAUUAAUCCUGAUGUGCAGCUAAGUAAUGACCUCUACUUUCCACUCUUAUCUUUUCAACGAUAAAAAAAGGUUUGGUGAAUAUUAAACAAAAAUUUUACCACGAUUAACUAGGAAAUCAUAACGAAAUCAUCUUAUAAUCAUAUUUGUAGUUACCGAUUAGACAACAAAUAAACAGGAAAAUACAACCCAAAUGAAGCACAGAUAAUUCAUUUCAUCUUUCUAUUAAUUUCAAGUUUGAAGAGAGGUACAAGUGUUUUUUUUGGUUUAUUUUCCAACGAAGUAAUUAAACCGGACAUUAUGUGAAAGGAAAAACAUAAUUUAGAGAAACAAAACAAAGUUUUUUAAUCAUUGAUUACUUUUAGAUACUAUAGAUAAACACAAGAAAGGUGAAAACGAAUUAAAUCUAUUAUAAAAAGAAUUUAAAUAAAUUUUAGUACACAAUAAUAGGAUUCAUACUUAAAUUAAUUUAUUAGAAAUGAAAAGAAAUAGUCCUCGAUUAAGCUGGAGUGAUUUUCACUUUAUUUCAAGAUAAAGUUUUUUUCAGAUACUCCGCUGAAAAUUUAUUGAUACUUUCCUGUAGUUUUAUUUUCUGUUUGCGAUGUAUUCAACUUUAAGGUAGAGAUAUCCUACUUUCUCCCAUCUAAAACCAUGAUUUGAAUAUAAAUAAUUCUCAAACAAGCGCGUGUAAAAGAUUUAAAGUGAAAAUCACAUCCUGCAUUCGAGGAAACAUAAAAAAUAAAUAAACCUAGUUACAUUCACAACCUACACACAUUCGAAUUCAUUACAUUUUCCACUUAAACAACGUUGAGAAAAAAAAACUAAGUGAAAAAAAUUCCAAAAAAAAAUCUUAUAUAAAAUUACUAAAACAAAAAUGAUAUUAUUAGAAAUCACCUUUUUGUAAAGAUAAUUUUUAAAAAUAAAACAAAAAAACAGCAAAAUAAAACACAAGUAACUAUUAUUAUUAACUAAAAACAAUAAGAGAAGAAUGAGAAAAAAUUAAAAAAAAAAUAAAUAUAAAAAAUUGUUACAUUUACGAAUUUCAAUGAAAAAGGGAAAAAACCUUAAAAAUAUAAAAAAAAACUUAUAAAAGUAAACACUUCAACUUUACACACCCCACACACAAAAAAAAAACACAAUAAAUAUUACUCCCAUCGAGGAACCCUCGAAGCAUAUAAAAAAAAAACCAGCAAAAAAAAAACAGGAUGCAAAGCACUCUUUACUGAUGUUAUAUUAUCUCAAAUCAUAUUCAAAAUCGAAUGGCGAUAGAUAAAAUAAAACAACAAUUUACAUCUAUUACAUUCAAACCGAUUGCAUAAAUGUAAUAAUUAUGUAAUACAAAACCGCUCACAAAAGUAUGUUUACAAUAAACAAAAAAAAAUGAAAGUUGAAAGCAAAACGAAAUGAAUAUUAAAAUCAACCGAUGGAUGAGUAAACCAAGAGAAUAAAAAAAAAAUACUAAAAUACACUGAAAAAUA